AUGGUCAAGAUGCUCCUCGCUCUACUAAGCGGCAUCAUCGCUGCAUCCACCACAGUGAAGGCCGCCGACACGACGCCGUUCAACUGGAAAUCCAUCACUCCCACCGCCGACUUACAGUACCGCAACUGCUACGGUAAGUACAAAUGCGCUCGUCUCCAGCUGCCUCUCGACUGGCUCAAUACCACGGACAAACGCACCGUUGCAAUCGCCAUGACGAAGCUCCCCGCCACCGUGUCUGACAACGACGCAUCCUUCGGCGGCUCCGUCUUCACGAACCCCGGGGGGCCUGGCAUCCCUGGCAUCCCAUUUAUGCUCGCUAGAGCGAAUCAGUUGCGCACUAUGAUUGACAACAACCGCCACUACGAAAUCGUCUCGUUUGACCCGCGCGGAAUCGGCUUCAGCACGCCGCAGUCGCAGUGCUUCCAGAGCGCGCUCGCCCGUGACUCUAUGGCGCUGCAGCUUCGAGGAGCCGGAAGUUUAGACCAGGGGAACCACGCCCUUCGGUAUAAUCACGCCAUCAGGGAAUCAUACGCCGACCUUUGCCAGGAGUCUGACGAGGAGCAUGGCGAAAUCAUGGGCUAUGCUGGGACCGCAUCGGUGGCCCGCGACAUGGUCGCCAUGGUGGACAAGAUCGAUGAGCUACGCAGGAAGACAUCCAAGCGAGAGGAAGUCACUGAGAGGGGUGAGAAGACCAAACCAGAUCUCCCUAGGCUCCAGUACAUUGGAUUCUCGUACGGAACUAUCCUCGGGAACUACUUCGCGUCCAUGUUCCCCGGCCGUGUUGGUCGGAUGGUCCUCGAUGGUGUUUCCAACUCAUACGAUUACUCCAAAGGUCCUGGUUGGCUUACUAGCCUCGUUGACACGGACAAGAUCUACUACAACUUCUUCAAGGGCUGCUACACCGUCGGGUCUCUCGUCUGCGUCCUCCGAAAGCCGUACGACACCUGUCCUGGCGAUAUCAAGACCCGCGUUGAAUCCUACAUCGCCCGCCUUGACAAGUCGCCCUUGGCCCUCCAGUAUGAAAACGCCCCCUUCAUCCUCAGUGGCAGCGAUGUCCGCUCCAUCAUCGCCCUCGCCCUGUACGACCCUGUCGCACUCUUCCCUACUCUUGCCUACGGGCUUGCCGAAGGCAUCGCUGGCAACCCGACACCUCUCGUCGCUGCCGUGGUCAACAACGGAGCCUUUCCUUCACUCAGCGACGACUGCAAUGCGACCACCGCCAAUAAGGCCGUUGGCCCAGGUGAGGAGGCAGGUUUCGCCGUUAUUUGCGGCGACGGGGACGAUGUUACGUCCAAGGAUCUCGCCUGGUGGAAGUCGUAUGUCGGCCAGCAGGUCUCCAGCUCUCGCAUCCUGGGGCCGCACUGGUCUGGCAUCCGCUUUGCUUGCUCGAGCUGGCGCUUCCGAGCCAAUUGGCGUUUCCAAGGGCCCUUCACCACGCCUCCCGCCAACAAGAAGGGAGUAACAGGCGUCCCUACGGCGCCUCUCCUCUUCAUGUCCAAUCGUCUCGACCCCGUCACGCCCCUGAGUGCCGCCAUCGCCAUGCGUGUCGGUCACCCGGGCUCCGGAUUAGUAGUCCAAGAGACCAUGGGACAUACAGUGGCGGGCAUGUAUGCCAGUUCGUGUGUGGACAACAUCCUCGCCGACUACUUCGAGUUUGGCACCGUCCCUCCCAAGGUAGCAUACUGCCAACCUGCCCGCAAACCCUGGGAUAUUGGUUCCAGCACCAGCAGCAAGUCGAAGCGCAGUGUUGGAGCCAUUACGAAAGUCCCCUCGAGCCUUUGAACAUGGCGACCACUGCGCAGGACAUGAAGAAGAUUAACCACUCCGGAGGACUUGGGAACCGAACUAGAUUGAUAUCAAUAAAGUCCAUAUCUCAGCUCCUCAUCAAAAUUCUCUAUUAUCAAUGAGUAAGCCUGUAGGUCUCCAACCUAAAUGCCGGGGCCACCACAAAAGAAAAACACGUUCGCGAUCCUCACUCAGCCUGACCAACACAAUAGAAACGCAAAAAGGAAAGUCCCGAAGAACCAAUAGUACUGCGUAAUCUGGGAAUCGAACCCAGGGCUCCCCGACGCUGCUCGAAUGGCAACGGAGAAUUUUACCACUAAACCAAUUACGCU